AUGAGGGGCUCAGGAAGUGCCAGCUUCCUGAGUGAGGGGGUGUCUCUGUCAGGUCUAUUCUCAAAGCUGAAGCUGGACGUGCCCUGGGGCCACAUCGCUGCCAAAGCCUGGGGCUCCCAGCAGGGCCCCCCAGUUCUCUGCCUACACGGCUGGCUGGACAAUGCCAACUCCUUCGACCGGCUCAUCCCUCUUCUCCCAAAAGACUUCCAUUACGUUGCUGUGGAUUUCGGAGGGCAUGGGCUCUCAUCGCAUUAUGGCCCAGGUCUCCCGUAUUACCAGCAAAACUUCGUGAGUGAGGUUCGAAGAGUCGCGGCAGCCUUGAAGUGGGAUCAGUUUUCCCUCAUGGGCCACAGUUUUGGUGGCCUUGUGGGCGGAAUGUUUUCCUGUGUCUUCCCCGAGAUGGUGGAUAAACUUAUCUUGCUGGAGGCGACCCCAUUUGCCGUGGACUCCAACGAAAUGGAGAACUUACUGACCUACAAGCAGAGAGCCAUCGAGCACACGCUGCUGGUGGAGGCCUCCAAGAAGCCCUCGAGUGUGGUCAGCUGGGAGGAGAUGCUGUGGAGGUUCCUGCAGAACAACAGUCAUGUGAGUGAGGAGUCUGGGGAGCUCCUCCUGCAGAGGGGAACCACCCCCGUGGCUGGAGGGCUGGUGCUGAACAGGGACCGCAGGAUGUCCUGGCCAGAGCACAGCUCGGAUUACAUCAGCAAGGAGCUGUUUGUGCACUCCAUCAAGAAGCUGCGGGCCCGCGUCCUGCUCGUCAAAGCAAGCCAUGGAUAUUACAACGUGAGAAGAGAGAAUGCUGACAGGGAACACCUGCACUUCGUACUUGGCAUGCUGAAAUCUGUCCUAAAAGAGCGGUUCCAGUUCGUGGAAGUCCCGGGCAACCACUACGUCCACAUGAACCAACCCCAGCACGUGGCCGGUGUCAUCAGCGCCUUCUUACAGAGCAAGGACAGGGUCCCAGACCAGCUGUAGCCCUGUGCCUAGGGUUACAGAGACCACCCACCCACUGCUCACCACCCUCCACUCAGACUUCCAGCUUCCAAGCCCCCCCAGCCAGGCCAGGUGUGGUGGGGCCAGGCCUCACUGGUCAUGAAGACCAGCACGGGCUGGCAGAGUGGAGGGGUGGGGGCAAGAUGUUGACUCUAACAUU